AUGCUCAGUUAUCAUUACGUACGAGAAAACAGAACGAGCGCUGAGAGUCGACGAGCGAGACGAGACACGAUGGGCCCGAUGGAGGGAGACGUGCUGCGUUAGAUGUUCACAGCAGAUUUGGAAUUUGAAGAAGAAUUUGAAACACGUGGCCUAAGGUUUCAUAAGUUUCAGCAACAUCUGUAAUUUAGGGGGGGGGGGGGGAUGUUAAUUUCAAGUUAAAUAUGUUGAAAAUCGUCCUUGAAUAAGGAGCAGCGAGCAGAGACGACCGUGAGGAGAGCGGGCGGUUGUUGAUAGUCCUGAGACAGAACUGUGUUGCCGUCACAGAGGAACAGGCCUUGAGGGUUUAUGAGUGUGUCCAAGGCCGUGGGGGCCUGGAGGGCAGACGCCGGGAUUCGGAAAUGAAGGAAGGACCACCGGAUCUGCCCGUUUCAAAGCCCGGGCAGGCAGAGGGGAGCAUGGGAGGAGGAGACGCAUGCGCCAGCGACGCUGUCGAGGUGGCCGAGGGCGGGGACUCUGUCCCAGAAUGCCCUGUACCCCCCGUGGGGGCUAGCGUUCAAGUGGAGGGCGCCGAGGAUCCCCCCGGAGACUGGCUGGAGCCGCUGGAGGAUGAUGAAGAUGAGGAAGAAGACUGGCAGAGUGUGGACUCGUCCGUGCGGGUCAACGGUAGCAGGGAGAGUCCGGUCGGGGAAAAUGACGGCGUUGUUACUGACAGGAAGCAGAUCAGGGGCACUCCCGGUGCCAUCAGGCGGAGGGGGCGGACGUCGGGGGAGAAGUGGCUGGACUGGCCCCUGCUGGGAGAAGGCUGGAAGCGGAAAGAAGUGUUCCGACGUUCCGGCUUCAGCAUGGGAAAGACGGACACGUACUACAUGAGUCCCACUGGUGGCCGUGCGAGAAGCAAGAUUGAUCUGAUGAAGUUCCUGCCAAAGACUUUUGACCUCGGCAACUUUGACUACAAGUCUGGGCUGUUUUUGGAAGAGGGCAGAAAGAGGCAAAAGCGGCGUAAGGGAGACAGUGCCUCCACGGAGGACGGAACGCCGUCCGAGCGCAGCUUCUCCUCGGAGAAGACGGGGACCCCCGAGCGGAGCCACACCCCCCACAGCCAGGUCACCACCCCCCAGCGGCCGCUGCUCACCGCCCAGCCCACCGCCCCACCCUCCCCUCACUCCCCGAACUCCUUCAGCUCCCCCCCUCGCCUCGUCCGGGCCUCCCCCCUGGGCGCCGUUACGCCCACGCGCCGGACCGCCAACACCCCCUCGCUCCAGUUUGGGGACUUCUCCCCUCAGAGACUGAGUGCCGCGAGCACCCCCAGCCGGGACGCCCUGUUCCCCCGGCUCUCCCCCGCCUGGCUGGGCACCACCCUGGCCCCCAUCAGCCCCAGCUCCAGCCCCGAGAGAGACUUUAACGCCGCCCCAGAGGGCUUGGACAAGCUCAAGUCCUCCCCCGCCUUCUCGCUACAGGUAACCAAGCGCUCCCCCCGCUCCGUGGACAUCUCCCAGUCCUUAGACCCCACCUCGACGUCCAAUGGGGAGGACGGAGCCAUGGGCUAUGCUGGAUCAGCAGGACCACUUGUGUAUGGCUGUUCCCAAUGUGGCUGCUCGUAUCCUGGCAUGGUGUUCAGGAGACCGGACCAGAAAGCCUUUUGUCCAAAAUGCAAAUCUGAGAAGAAACCGGAAGCCCCCCGAAACAUAGUCUUCAGGAAGUGGCUGCCCUGCGGGCAGUGCCGGGCGUGCCACGUCACAGAGGACUGUGGUACGUGCGCCAGCUGUCGGCAGGGCCUCUUAAACCCCGCCUCCCAGAAACCUGUUCGCUGCCGGAGGAGGAAGUGCCUGUGUCCGAUCCGCAAGGAUGGACAAGGGCAGUGGGUGCUUGGGAGGGCGCCUGACACAAAGGAACCAUUCACAAGUCCGCCGAAAAAGACAGAUAAAAAAUCGAAGUUUGGGAGGAAACUUAAAAUGACGAAAUUAAAGAGGCAAAUUGCAAAUGAUCUGAUGAGGACACCCAGGGCCCGUCACGCUGAGACUAAACGUUUUAAGAAGCCAUAUGCAGUUCCUCAGUACAGUGAUGCUGAAGACUUCCCUGGAUACGACGAUGACCACGAGGACACGGACUACGGACCAAAAAAGCGCAGUCGCCGCGCCUGCUGGAAAUGCGACGCUUGCCUGCGCACGACGGACUGCGGCCGAUGCGACUUCUGCAUGGACAAGCCCAAAUUCGGGGGUCGCAACAAGAAGAGGCAGAAGUGCCGUCUGCGUCAGUGCCAGAGUCAUGCUAUGAGGCACUUGCUGCCCUUCCAGUCGAGUAAAUCGCGGGUCAGGCAGAGGACAGCCCGGGAUAAGUACUGGAGCAAGAGGCGAUCCCACAGGCCCAUCUGGGACGACGUGGAGCUGACCGAGGACGACGACGAGGACGGUUACAUCGGGACGCUGCGGCCGGGGCACUACAACUUCGUCAAAGAUGACGAGGACAACGAGGCUGCCGUCUCACAGAUGAACUCUGUGCUGACCUGUGACCUCAGCAAUGGAAUGCUGGUCUCUGAGGAGCUCUACGACAGCAGCUGUCCAAUCCGCAUCCAGGACGAUUUCCAAACGGACCGGACGAGACUUCAGAUGGGGAACAUGGGCCACGUGCCUGCUGCCUAUGACACCAACCUGCCCCUUCCUCCUUCGCAGGACCCAGAUGAUCUGUAUAACCAGGCCAGCCUGCCAGCACAGUACCGGCACCUUCCGCAGCUGCUGAGCCACCCCGGGGCAGAGGGAGACGCUCUGGUCUUGGGGGGGGACGUGGAGAUUGUGGAGGUGGCUUCUGGGGAGCCAGAGGAGGCAGAGUCUACACCUGUGAUCACACAGAUCUUCAGCCUGGCGAGGAGCGGGCCGGUGGUGAGCGAGGCGGAGCGGGAGCUGCUGCGGCUUCUGGAGGCGCUGCGGAGGACGGUGCUGCCGCCGCACUGGGUGGGCCUGAUGGUGGAGGGGCCGCGGCUGCAGCUGCUGCAGUGCUCCAAGCUGUCCACCAUGGCCGACACCGUGCUGCAGAUCGAGCCCGGCUUCUUCUACCAGCUCAGCGUGCAGGACCAGCCCCUGCUGCUCACGCACCCACUGUACGAGGCCCACCCGCCCCGCCUGGCGCAGGUGGACCAGGUGGUGUCCAUGCUGCUGGACCUGGAGAGGUACACGGUGUGCCAGGGGUACCCGUCCUGCGUGCCGCGCCCGGACCAGGAGCCCGUGCUGUACGUGCGGGCGGCCGCCUGCGGCCUGCUGGUGCUGCAGUCCGAGGAGCGCUGCGACAAGUGCGACAUCACCCAGCUGGUGGUGUGAGGAGCGCAGAGGGGCCACGGCCUCCACUAUGCAGGGCCGCCUCCCCACACUGUGACCGGCGCCUCCCGCGGGGGUCUCAGAGGUGUAUUCCACUGAACUGCUGCCCACGCCACUGGAGACCUGCUGAUUUUACCUCCGCUUCCAAAUAAAGGACUGUGUUGAGGUGUGUGAGAGCUGGAGGUGGGGAUCUCAGCUCCCCCAAAUCCUGAGAAGAUCACAGCUGCCCACCCCCCCCCCCCCCCAUC